AUUCUGCCUCCGCGCCGAUAUCGUUAUUCUCGAAUGUUCUCCCACUAAUAAAUACGCCGGCAGCCGUCUCGCCGCCGUCAGUUUGUUUUCAUCGUACGUACCUGUUCGCGCUUGUUCGUCGUUUCCAAAACGCACUUCAAAAAAUAAAAACGCAUUCAGACUUUGCGGCAUAUUACGAAGCGAUUUCUUACCGUCGUAUCCCAUUCGGAUUUAUAUCGUAGAAGGUACGUAUUUUAGUAUGAACAUCGUUUUAAAAUUUAAAUUUAUUGUCAUACUUAUCGGACGGUCGUUCUGUGGAUUUUAACAUUUGUAAGGAAUUUGUUAUUAUUUUUUUCGUAUUGUACAUAAUCUGUACUGAUAAUUAAUUUUCUAUGUACGCCCGUAAUCCCUUGUUAUAAUCGUAAUUGGUCGAUGAUUUUUUUUUUUUUUUUUUUUNUUAAACUAUUAACAAAACUAGGUGCAGGGAAAAUCAAAAACGGCUUUCUUACUAUCACCAAAUAGAUUGAAAUUAAACAAAAAAGCUAAUUUUUCGAUUGGAGCAAGUUUUCUGUUCGAAAAAUAGUAAACAGAUAGAAAAAUUAAAAAACGCGCAGUAAAUAUCUGAUAAGACCAAUAGAUCCUUUGGCUCCGAAUCCAAAAAUAAAAAUAGAUAUUUUAUUAUAAUAUCAUAACACCUAUAAACUUCAAUUUGUAUUCUCUAUAGUAUUAUUACACAGUAAUCCAAAAAUGUGCAUAGGUCUAGCAGGAUGUAUAGAUAGGUACUUCAUCAUACGUUAUCCAACGAUUUAGUAAAGUUGUUAAUAACUUAGGCGUGUGUACAUUUCUAUCUGUUUUUUUACAGAUGUCUCUUUUACCGUUUUUAUUGGAGAACCUUUCACGCCCAACCGUAUACGAUCAACACUUUGGUCUGGGACUGUUGGACGAUAUGUUAGUGCCAGAUGAAUACAUUCCUCAUGUCAGAGCCGACCCUUUAGGACUCAGAGUAUAUCGGAGACCCAUGCGUCUUGUUGCUGCGCCUAAAAGCGGUUUGUCUCAAAUUCACAACAACGAGGAAGGCUUUAAAGUAAAUUUGGACGUCCAACAAUUCAAACCUGACGAGGUCAAUGUAAAGGUGGUCGACGAUUACAUUGUAAUCGAUGGAAAACAUGAAGAACGUGUUGAUGAACACGGUUUCAUUUCUCGUCAAUUUACCCGUCGUUACAAAAUCCCAGAAAAUGUUGACCAAAAAUUGAUUCAAUCGUCUUUAUCAUCGGAUGGUGUGCUCAGCAUUGGUGCUCCUAAAAAGGUAUGUAAUUAUAAAAUUUUUUUUGUUCAGACUCCAGGUAAAAAAUAAUAAUGAUGUAAAAAUAUUUAGGUCGUUAAUGAAAAUAAAGAGGAAAUAUCGAUCCCGAUUAUUCAGACCAACGAGCCCAGCAUUAAAGUAUCUGCAAACGUAGAAAAGAAAGAGGGAGACAACAAAAUGGAGACUAAUUAAAUGGACGCUAAUUUGAUCGAAUUUAAGACUCUUUAGAUAUAUGUACUACUAUCUAUUUAUUUCAAUGCGUUUAAGUUUUUAUGUUCCUUAAUUUUUUUUUUUUUUUAAAUUUUAAGAAUUUUAAGAAAAUAUGAAAAUUUUUCAAAGAAUUUUAUAAUCUAUUAUUUUUUAAAUAAGACCUGUACACUUAGAUUUAUGAUGAUAAUAAAAAUAAAUGUUUAGGUACUAAAGUUGUUUAUUUCAUUAUUAAGUACCUAUUUUUAAUAUUAUUUUUUAUUUAUUAGUAAGUACCUUUUUAGUAAGACUUGGUAAUAUAGGAAUGGUAAUUGUGAGAAUUCAACAUUUGU